CAAAUUAUCCAAACACCUUUUUUUUCUUGAGUCGAAGCAUCCUGCUGUGAAAGCAUUGACUCAUUCUCAGCCCAUCAUCUGUAAUAGUAUUUCGUAAUGUCCGGGGAAUUUUCAAUGAUAUCAUCUCACAAGUUCGUAACAAGGUUCCGACUAUAAGUAGAGAGCCUUAACCAUGACAGUUAGAAGCAUCUUCAGCAGCUCAAGAGUAGUGAGCAGAAUAGUUGGAAAAUUGUUGAAGCAAAGAAAAUGAACAGCCAAAUUCUCCUCACCAGCCUGACCAUGUUUGUACUCUAUGUGGCAUCUACACAAGCUGCAUCUAUUGGAAAUUCAAAAGUGAGUCUUCGCUGCCAGUGCAUCAAUACACACUCCAAAUUCAUCCAUCCCAGGCGCAUGGAGAAUCUUAAAAUUAUUCCAAGUGGUCCACACUGCUCACAAGUUGAAAUCAUUGCAAUCCUUAAAAAUGGUUCCUUGGUGUGUUUGAAUCCUCAAGCUGUUUGGGUGAAAAAAAUCAUUGCCAUGAUGACCAAUAGUUCUUAGAUGACUAAUGAAGCUCGCUCUUCAAAGAUCAAAGGCUGAAUGUCAAGUGUGUUAUGCUCAUUCGAAGUCGAGAUUCUGGACCAGCUCAGGAAUGUACUUUUAUACUCAGGCCUGUCACGGAUUUACAUCGGCCUGUGAAAGAAUGGCUCGUUUAAAACAGUGUUCAUCUUUUUCUUACUAAUUAGGACACUCAGACUAUCUACACCAUUUGUUUGCUAUCUCUAAUCUGAGGUUUUGUAACUUAAUAUGUAUUUAUGUAUUAAAUUAUUUGAGACAUUGACUGCUUGAAAACUGAAAGUGGCACCUUGUAAAGGAUCUGUAGUGAGAAAUUAGUUGGAAAUGGAUUAACUGUGGAAAAACAAUGUGUUUCUCCAUGAGUGUGUUAAUCCCUGCUUACAUGUUGGCAAGAGAUGAAUGAAAACUCAGGACACAGGUGUUCCCUUUGUUGAGGUUUCAUUUGUCCAUGUAGUGGCAUCCAGAGCUUACACAUGGACUAUGCCGUUAAAUACCUGGAGUAUUUUUUAUUCUGUUAUCGCACUGGCAGUUGCUAAAUGUCAAGUUAUGGUUCUGCAGAAUUUGGCAGAAAAGGAAUUGUAAGUUCAGCAAAGGACCAUGCCAGUAACGGCAUUGGUUUUUAUUGUAAUUUGUUCCACUUGCACUUAAUUUAUUUGCCUUUAAUAUUUAUAAAACGCCUUAUUUAUGUGUAUUUAUGUCUUCCUGUGAAAGUAAUUAAUUGUUUUGAUGUUAUUUAAAUCUGUAUUUGUGCAAUUGAUCUGUAACUUUCUUUUGUGGUAAAUGAGUAUUGUGAAAUAUUGGAGCCAAAAACAAACUGCUGGAGGAACUGAGAUGAUCAGGCAGCAGGAGGGUGGUCAAUGUUUUCUAUCCAAGCUCCACAUCAGGAUUGGAGCAGGGUCUUGACCCCAGGAGUCAACCAUCCCUUUGCUCCACACAUUCUGUCUGGCUUUUUAAACUCCUCCGGCAGUUCUUUUAUUCUAGAUUAAAGUAACUGCUGUCUCUUGUCUGUCCAUUGUGAAAUAUUUGUAUUUGGAUAAAUGAAGAAUUAUUUUCUAUCUUUAUUAAAAAAUAUUAAACCUACCAGUCUAGAAAUUCUGUUGUGCCACACAACAUUUGUAUGCACCAUGUGGGCGAUGUUUAUCAUAAAUAUAUUGUGUUUGUUUAAGAUGUUUCUACAAGUUCAAUCCCUGUCCUCCAUUGAUGUGUUACAUGUGGAAAUGGAAGAUCCAAUCUCCCCGUGGCCUUGUGUUAGGAAAUACUGAUGUCUCUAGAUAAUUCACAUCCCAU